CAGGUUGUGAUCCACAACCUCAGUCAAAAGACGCCAUGCAGGACUUGACGUCAGCACUCUGCCAGUCCUCCCAGCCAAGCCGAGUCCAGUCGGACCCAAACAAGAUGUAAGUUCAUGCAAGUGGCAAAGUGUGUGGCCUGGGGAAAGACUCGCCUCGCGUUGUUUACUCACACUGGACCGACCGGUUCUGGUGUCUUUGCUCAACGCAUUAGCUGCCGGUUUAGCUUGAUGUCGAAGGGAGAAAAAUAUCAUGAGACAAAGAGAAGAGGACGAUAAAGGAAGGAGAAACCAGCAGGAAUCCCGUCAUCAAGAAACCCAUUCAUGUGGAUGACAACUAUGUGAACAUAACUUUUCUUCAACUUCAUCUUCAACAUCAAAUGGAGGGUGAUCAAGUGGACUUGGACACUUCAGGUGUUGAACUGGAAGUAUUGAUAUCUAGACUUUGGAGGAGUGGACUUGUCCUUGAAUGAGUAGACUUUGUAGAGUUGACUUGGUAAAGUUGACUAGUAGAACUGCAGACUUUGUCUUGAAAAAUAGGACUUAAUUUGAAUUGUUUUUUUUUUUUAUAUAUAUCUUAACCUAACAAACACGACUAUUAUCGUAAGGUAACUACUUUUUUCUUUUUUUAAUGACUUCUUGAAAAAAAAAUUACUAUUUAAAAAACAAAUCUAGAAAAUACAUCUUCAAUCUUGUCAGGUUUUUGUCUUCAAAAAAAAUUGUUUUUGAUCAAAUAUGAGCGGGAGAGUGGGCUUGUGGCCUGGAAUGAAGAGACAUAGUUUUGGUAGAGUGGACUUAUAUAGCAUGGACUUAUAUACCCGGACGAUGGAUGCAGCCCUGGUAGAGUGGACAUGGAGACUUGAUAGAGCGCACUGGACUUGUGGACUUGGAGGAGAAGACUUUUAGACUUAAUAUAUUGAACUUGUAUACCUGGAUGACUGUAGCCUUUGUUGGGUGAACUUGCAAACAUUGUAGAUUUGGUAGAGUGCUCUUGUAGACUUAGAAUACACUUGAUAGACUGGAGUUGUACACGUGGAAGAUUGUAGACCUGGUAGAUUGCACUUAUAGACUUCAUAGCAUAGACUACAAAGAGUGCUCUCCUGGACCUGGAAGAUUGUCAACCUGUUAGAGUGCAUCUGCAAACUUGAGAGACCUGGUAGAGUGGACUUUUAGACUUUGAAGAUUGUAGACUUGGUAGAGAAGACUUUUGGACAUUGAAUAUCGUAGACCUGGUAGAGUGGACUUGUAGACUUGACAGAGUGGAGUUGCACACAAUUGUAGCUGUUUUAGACUGGAUUUGGCGUAGUCGACAUGGAGAUUAAACAUUUAGUAGAUUAGACUGAUGGACUUGGUGUGGUAGACUUGUAUGAUUGUAGCCCUGGUAGAGUGGACUUGGACAACUGUAGCCGUGGUAAAGUGGACUUGGCAUAGAUGACCUGGAAGAUUGAAGAUUUGGUUAAGAUGGACUUAUGGACUUGCUGUAAUAGACUUGGAAGAUUGUAGACCUGGGAGAGUGGACUUGUAGACUUGGACGAUUCUAGCCCUGGUAGAGUUGACUUGGACAAUUGUAGCCCUGAUAAAGUGGACUUGGCAUAUUUGACUUAGAGGAUUGUAGACUUGGUAGUGUGGACUUCAAUACUUGUUACAGUGUACUUGAAAACUUUAUAGACGGAACUUGUUGACUUGGAAGAUUGUGGACUUUGUAGAGUGGACUCGGAGGACUAGAUUUCUAGACUGGAAAGAUAGUAGACUUGGUAGAGUGGCCUUGCAGACGUGAUGGCAUCCAAGCAGUCUGUGUUGUCAGGCUUGUCUGCUCUGAAGGACACCGAUCCUCCUCUUUACAUCCAUCCUCACUACAAGGAGUCCUAUCGUCUGGCCAUCUACGCCCUGCUAUGCGGAGGCAAGGACGCCUACAACGACUUCCUCCAGGCCGAGCAGAUCAGCCACUUCCUGUCAGAGAGGGAGAUCCACUUCAUCCUGGAGAACGCCGAGGCACCCCUGGUAGAGGAAGACGACGAUGAUGUGGAGGGGCGGCGCCCCGGAGGCCCCGAGGUUGGAGGCAAGCCGGGCCUGUCCACUUACUUCCCCCUGGAGUCGGACGAGGAGGUGCCCGACCUGGAUCUGGGCUGGCCUGAGGUGGCUUUGGAGGACCAGGACACGAGCAUCAGUUUACUCUUCCACCCGCCCAGGGCCAACACGCCCACCAUCAAGGAGGUGGUCCGCAAGCAAAUCCAGGACGCCAAACAGGUAGUCGCCCUAGCAAUGGACGUCUUCACAGAUGUGGACAUUUUUAAGGAAGUCCUCGGUGCCACGCUGCGGGGGGUGGUGGUCUACAUCCUCUUAGACGAGGGGCACUUUAGCAGCUUCCACGCCAUGUCGCACAGGGCGGGCGUCAACAUCCAAGACCUUAAGAACAUUCGCGUGCGGACGGUGCGAGGUCAGCAGUAUCGUUGUCAGUCCGGCGUCAAGUUUCACGGUGGCUUGGAGCAGCGAUUCAUCUUGGUGGACUGCCGCAGCGUUUUGUACGGAACAUACAGCUACACGUGGUCCUUUGAGAAGAUCAACGUGAGCAUGGUGUUGGUGGUUACUGGUCAGUUGGUGAGCUCCUACGAUGAAGAGUUCCGCCGCCUCUAUGCUCGCUCGACCAUUCCUGAAGCGCUAGAGCAGUCGCGCGUGAAGUACCUAAGAGACGCGACGCUCCUACGCAGUCCAAACUCCAGUCAACCUUUCCUGCAUCAAAUUCACGGGAGACCCCGAGGGACGCGCGGCUUGAGGGGUUUGGCACAGGACGAUCUCUUGGACUCCUCCGCCAUCAUAACCAGGGGCCUCAGCAUACAGGACCGCCUGCAUCUGUCACACUUUCCCGACCACAUGACUAGGGGACACAGUUUUGGUGGCGACCUGCAGAAGUUAAAUCCCUUGACUCGAUUGAGAAUGGGAACCAAAGACAUAGGAGUGCCUGUUGUUCCGGACAGGACAGGUUCUAGCCUGCUGGUGCCCAACAGGUUGUCUCACCAGCAUAUUCGACACCAAAGUCGCUACGGUCCUGACCAGAAUUUGAUUCCGUUCAACUCUGAAACAUCACUCCACAGGUGGAAGAUGGACACUUACCUGAACAGCCAGGUUAACCUUGACGGAUCAUGUGACGCCUUGUCCCCGCUGACUACGCCGUACAGCAGCCGCUCGGGCCUGAACGACCCCCAGCCACAGGGGAUUCACAACAGGUUCAGGGACAUCAAGUCCCGCUUGGACGAGAUCCCCCACAAGAGACUCAGUUUACAGGAGCACAACAAUCUCAGGCAGAGCCAAGAGUCUCUGCGAUCCAUGUACCAAACUCUGGAUAGACCCAUGUUCAAGUCUUCAUUAAGAGGUCUUGACGUAAGGCAAAAUUUGGCGCAGGAGACAGGCAGCCCUGAAGCCGCCAACCACAAAGGUCUCAAUUCAAACCAGGAGGAUGACAGCUACCAUUCCACCUCGUACUUCGACAUUCAAACGAGUCCCAAGCAAAAGAUGACACCAGUGUACGACUUGUAUGAGCCUCUUGCCAGGACCACUUCGGCCACCCACCUGGAGGACAAGCUCAAAGACCCGUCCCUCAAGUACCCCGGCGGUAUCCAGCGCCCCAGAACCAUGGAGUCCUUGAUCGAAAUCCCUGAGGAGAAAGAAGGUUGCAGUAAUCCUGUCAAUAAUGCUGAUAUUCUCAAAGACAGAAACAACAGAAAUGAAGACAAGACUUCCAAAAUGCAAUCGAGUGACAAAAAGUCAGGACUUCAAGAAGUAAAGAAGUCUCAUCCCCAUGAGGAGGAAACUUUUCCAAAGACCUUAACUACCUCUGAGGUGAAAAAUCCUCAGCAGGAGGAUUUGACACUUCAGCGGAAGAACUCCACCAGGAUGAAAAGCUCAGAGGAAAAGAAUGCUUCCAAGAAGGAAGAGAGGUCUCUACAAAGAAAGGCCUCGGUGAGAUCUCAGAACUCUGUUGGCUCAAAUUUGCGGGCGUCUCCCGUGGGUAAAGCUUCCACCAUCGAGCACCGAACCAGCCAAAAUUCCAUCAGCAGGUCCGCAGUAGAGACCGAAAAGCCAAAAUCUUCGUUCACCUUCCACCGAUUAUCUUCUCAGCGCUCCAGCAAACGGAAGCCGAAGCCGCAAGGCUCCUUGGAAAAUUUGGAAGAACAGGAAAAGGCGGCCUACGAGAGCCGGCAGGAGAAAGCCUACAGUCGCUACGACAACCUGCUCCGUUCUAGUGUCCCUCUGGACAAAGCCAAGCGGGGAGACAGAGGGCAGCCGUUGGACAACACAGCGCAUCAAACACAAGGUGGCACCGACAACAGACUGGGACGAUUCAUGCAGCGGGUUGGGAAUCUCAUUGGGAAGAACAAAUAGAUCCCCACAAGAAGAAUGUUGUCAAGAUGCUUGUAAUAUAGUCAUUUAAAUGAUAUGAUAUAAAAGUGACUUUUGAAUGUCUUGUGCAAAUAUGUCUUGAGUCCUUCCACACCCUUUAAGUGUGAAAUUAAA